AGGGAUGAGCUGGAGUGGCGUCUAGGACAGGAGCGAGGCGUGGAGCCCCAGAGCCAGAGCCAGGGUGGGGGCCAGGCCCAGAGCAGGGGAGCCACGGGACUCACUAGGUACCACAGGCCCCUGGCUUUAAGAGCAGAGCUCCGGGACACGCCUGCUGCUGACAUCCAGUUUCGUCUCGAUCACGAACGAAGGUUGAGAGCGACGACGGAGGAACACGAGGCCGUCGUUUCUCUGCCUCAGGAAGAUGAGCUUCUGUGUCUGGAGGCGCAGCGUGGCGGCCUGGAGCUGCUCGGACUUCAGAGUCAUGAGGCGCCCUGGGCUCAGGAGAGGGCCCUGCUGCAGCAAGAGGUCCGCCUGUUCAGACGCAACACCAUCAUCUUCUACAUGAAGCUCCGGUGGAUCCUCACGCACUGGAGGCUGAGCCGCAAGGACGACUCGGCAGAGGAGACGGCUCACCCAGAGUUUGAGAAGUUGGAGGGCAUCCCGGAGUUGGGAGUGAUAAUGGAGCAGGCCGAGGGGGAGUCGGAUCGAGAUGACAGACUGUGUUUACCACAAACUCCAGGGGACGUCCCGGACCCCGUCGUCCCUCUGCCUUCACCUGACCAACACCUGCAGCAUCAGAGACAGUGUGGGGAGAACCGUCGGAUGCUGCAGGCCCUGCGGACGCUGCUGGAGGAGUUUCGGGAGGAACUGCGGGAGGAGGAGACGCGACGAUGGCAACUGCAGCAAUCCUACGCCAAUGACAAAGCCGCCUGGGAGGUCAAGUGGGCAGAGAUGAAGUGCCAGGUGGCCCAGUCUGAUGAGGAGGCAGGAGGCCAAGUGCGAGGCGAAGCCCAGGGAGGUGAAGGGGAACCGGCCGGAGACCCAGAGUGGGCCUUGAAGCAGGAGCGUGAGGAACACCAGCGUCUGCUGGCCGACAGCCACAGCACCUCCCUGGAUCUCCGCUGGAAGCUGCAGCACGGGGAGAAGAGGUGGAGCCGCGAGAGGGCCGAGCUUAUGGAGCGCCUCGACCGGGAGCGACAGGAGUGGAACGGCAGCAUGAGAGAGCUCCACCGCAAGAUGGAGAGGAUGCAGAGGGAGCUGAACACCCGGCGAGGGGAGGAUAUCAAAGACGGCAGCUCAGGCAACAGAGCCAUGCUCUCACCUCAGGACAGCCCCUGCCCAGCGCCCCGGUCGCCUCGCUCCCCGCGCUCCCCCUGUAUGUCCACCCCUGUCCUGGCCCUUCCCACACGCUCCCACUCUGACUCUGAGGCCAUGUUGGAGGAGCAGGGAGCGGCGAUGAGGCUGAAAGGUCCAACGGAGAACCUGUUCCUGGACGCGCUGUCUCUGGACCCCCUCAGCGGCCUGGAGGUCCCUCCGCCCUCCAGACUGGAGAGUGAGAAGAGGUUCCCCUGCAUGGAGGAGGCCCUCAAUGAGAUUUCGGAGAGGGAAGGGGAUCCUGGGUAUCCAGAGGAGGAGAUGGGCGGUGGGAGUCUGCUCAGGGCCAAGUCCGUCUGCUCCAUGAGCGACUUCCAGAGGCUAAUGGACAGCUCGCCGUUCCUCCCAGACAAAACUCGCCACGGGGAUCAGGGCCAAGACGACGUCACUCCUCCUCUGUCUCCAGAUGACCUCAAAUACAUCGAGGAGUUCAACAAUAAGGGCUGGGACUUCCCAUCAUCCCCCUCUGGCUCGGUUCCUGCUCGGGAGGUGUGGACAGACAAUAUCUCAGAGACCCGUGGAGUCGAACCUGUUCCCGAUCCCUUCAAGCCACCUUCCUGGUUCCUCACCACCAGCGCCACCUUGACCACCAGCACCCUGAGCAGCCCUGAGCACUGCCACAAGUCCCCGCUGAAGGGCAACGGAGCAGGGUCUGCAGGGGGGGGAGUGGAGCACUAUGGGGUGCACCUCCUACACAGCCCCACCAGACUUGGAGGAGCUGAGCGAGCUACUGCCCAAGACCCAGAAUUCCUGUACGCCAAGGGGACCAAAGCCAGGGGCGGAGGAGAGGCUGGGGUGGGAGCCAGUGGGCAAGAUGAGGUGUUUAGCAGUGGGAGGUGGGCAUGUGGGCUUCUGGAGAGUGGGGGGUUAAGGACUUCACCUAGUCAAUCUCCCAUCUGCCCCACAGUCGGCUACGCCUCGUCUCUGGAGCUUCAGCUCUCCAGGAACCUCAGUGACGACAUGAAGGAGGUGGCCAUCUCUGUGAGAAACGCCAUCCGCUCUCCACCAGGGCCUGUCGUCCGGGACACCGCCUGCCAGACCAAUGGAUUCACCACACGAGGCACUCAGACCACCCAGACCAUCAGUGUGGGUCUUCAGACGGACCUACUGAGGAACCUGACCAGCAGCCCCCACCGCUGCCUCACCCCGAAAGGAGGCAGCACGCCCAUUUCCUCCCCAUCACGCAGCCUGAGGAAGAUUCAGUACUCUCCAGUGGUCCAGAACAAAUUUGAACGACCUUGCUGCUCGCCAAAGUUUGGCUCUCCCAAACUUCAGCGCAAACUCUCUGCAACAAGUAAAACCGAGCUACCCAACACCAGCCGCGCCCCCACUCCCACCACACCCCAGAAGGGCAACAGCGAGUCGGCAUGGGCUCGCUCCACCACCACUCGUGACAGCCCCGUUCACACCACCAUCAACGACGGCCUCUCCAGCCUCUUCAACAUCAUUGACCACACCCCGGUGGCCUACGAGUCCAUGCAGAAGUUCAACAAGUCCCCCAGUCGCUCUCGCCCCACACCGCCCCCCACCACCGAGCCCAGCCCUGCUCACGGGGCUCUCGCCACAGACCCCAGAAAUGUGCCGGAGUGCUUGCGAAUGGCCAGAGGGCGUUCACCCAGCCCUGUGCAGCUGAUAGUAGAGACGCAGGGGGACAAAAACUCAGAGGUGGUGAGCAUACGUCAGGACCUGUCCGCCCCGCCGGGCUACACGCUGGCUGAGAAUGCAGCACGCAUCCUCAAUAAGAAGCUGCAGGAGCAGAACCUCAGAGAGGAGCGGAGGCUGCAGGCCGGAGGACAGAGCGGCCACGGCAGAGACGACAGCAGCAGACAGCCCGACUCAGACAGAGGACAGUCUGCGUGUAUGGAGAACCACACUGUCAUACUAACAACUCCUUGGGGACUCUAACUCUGCCUUUCUCCGUGAUG